UGCGAGAUUAGGGAUUAAAAUAUGGCACAAGCAGUGUUUCAAGUGUCAGGGCUGCGGAAUGACCCUGAACAUGCGGACGUACAAGGGUUUCAACAAACAGCCGUACUGCGAGGCACACAUACCAAAAGCCAAAGCCACCACGAUGGCGGAGACACCGGAGCUGAAGCGCAUCGCUGAGAACACGAAGAUCCAGAGUAACGUGAAGUACCACGCCGAGUUCGAGAAGGCGAAGGGGAAGUUUACGCAGGUCGCGGACGAUCCGGAGACCCUCAGAAUCAAGCAGAAUAGCAAGAUCAUCUCGAACGUCGCUUAUCACGGCGAGCUCCAGAAGAAGGCGAUCAUGGAGCAGAAGAGGACGAUGACCGGGGAAAAUGGCGAGCAGAUAGAGUACGUAGAGUACACAGACGGCACUAUCGCCCCUGCGUCGAGUAUAAACGCCAAUCCGCCGCCUGCAAGGACGGCGAAUUCGCCGGUACAGAGGACACCAGGUAGGAUCGCCGAUUACGAUCCGCUUAGCGAGGCGAGGCCGAGCCCGUAUUCCGCAAGGCAAGCCGCCACCACUGUCAUUUAUACGAGCGACAAGGGACCAGUGACGAAUCCACCGACACGGAAAAUCGGCUCGGUCGCCGACAUCGACCCGGUGAACGAGUACUACGGAUCGCUGACGCCAGCUACGAACAAUAAUCACGUCUCUCAGCAUCAACCGCCGCCGCCACCGCCUUCCAACGUUGGGCGGGUAUACAGAGCGAUAUACGAUUACGAGGCGCAAGACCUGGACGAGGUGAGCUUCUACGACGGCGACCUGAUCGUCAACUGCACAGCCAUCGACGAGGGCUGGAUGACCGGGUUGGUGCAGCGCACGGGACGGCAGGGCAUGCUACCCGCUAAUUACGUCGAGCCGGCGCAGAUUUGAACAUCUUCCACGUCGAGCUUCCGCUAAAUCGUCGCCGCCACCACUUGGCUCGGGGCGCUCUCGCCGAAGGGAGAGCCGGCGUUAAACGAGAUGCGCGAUACAAUACUCGAGAUAGGGCUUCUAAUACUUGACUCUUGUUACUUGCGAGGUUACUCGUGCGAUCGAAACGACGAGUUGUGUCGUCGUCUGUGCAAUUGAUCCUUCCCAAAAAUCGGUAGAAUGACAUUCGGCACUUUCACCCAAAUUCGACCGUGAAGUUUGUUUGGACAAACUUGAGCUUUCGAAGUACGAUGAGUGGAAUGAAGAAAAACGCCAGAGUUGCCGUUUUUCUUACGAACGAACCUCUCGAGAAGGGGGAUUUCACGCGCGCGCGAGUACUCUCGCAAUUGAUUUCCAAAAUGACAAUAUACGUAUAGUUUUAUAUACAAACAAACAAACACACACACACACAUACACACACACAUCAUACAAACACUUAUACAUUAGAAUUCCAUGGUGGGACCAAACUCCAUACAACUGCGAUAAAUUGUGCCGAGUAUAGAGCAAAAAAGAAAACAAACUGGCUGACGGCUUGUGGAGUGAGUUCACGAGUGCCGAGAAACGUGCAACGAUCAGGGAGAAUCGGCUGGAGAGAAAGCACGCGUCGUUCUCUCGCGACGCACACUUGUUGUACAAAGAGUAUCACUUGUUUUCUCUUCUUCGUUAUUAUUCGACGUUAUCGGAAAUCGCGCGAUCGUCAUUCCUUCGUCUCGAUGUUUUCCUCCUCGAAGCUUACAAUCGUGAGUUUACGUGAGAUGCGAGUUAGAAGAGUCACUUGACGGAAGGCGUCAAGUCGCUCGAAUGAUUGGAACCACCGUUUCGUCACGCUCGUAUUUGUUAAUCAUUUAUUCUCUUUACUGGUGUGUGAGAAUUUUACGUUACCUGUUGUCCGAUUGCAAAACUCUAACGCGUCAGUCAGAUUUUCAGUAUAUUCCUGAUCGUUUUGCAUUUGUAGCCGCUGCGUUCUUCGUUGUCUGUUCCGUUUCUUCUCGUGUUUAUCUUCCUCCAGCCUUCCUUCCUUUCUUCGAGGAUGUUCACAGAGUAGCUACCUUAGCCGUGAUAAUAUCCGAUCUAUGUCUAUAUCUAACGAAACGUAGGAACAAAUUUUCCUUUUGGCAUUUCCCAACCGAAACGAAAGGAAACGGCGUAAAAAGUGUGCCUUACGUAUACAGGCUGUUGAUUUUAAUAGCGAUAUAUAAAGUCUUUUUUCAUCUUCUUAACUAUAACAUAAAGAUAAAUGCAUGAGACCGCACCGCGUCGGGAUAAGCGUAACCGAGGGAGCAAGAGCAAAUAUUUAUCGUACGGAGAAUACGUUCAGAAGCGCAUUUUUACUCGCCCUUUACACGAAUAAUCUUGAAGACGAAAUCGAUCGGGAUAACACAGGGACCACGCAAGUGCCUUGCCUUCUCCUCUUCUUCCUUUAACUACGGAGCGCGAAAGUGAUCGUUAAGUAUUCGUAAAUUCAACCAGUCGUCGUCCGUGUCCGCUUAAACGACAAUUAACCGACAUUUAUCGCAUAGCUUUUAAGUUUCCUUGUUUUCCUCUUGUAUCUCGUACGGUCCACCUUGUAAGCUUCGCAACUUGUUCUCUGAAAUUGCAUUUACGUAAUAUUUAUUAAGUCUAAGUUCCGGCGUAUCUGAGGUUACCGAGCGACUCGAGGAUCUUUUUUAAAAUCGCUGCGCCGAAGUGAAGAUUGAACUGUUUUAUGCCAGCGCCGCGUCGCGUCGUUCAACGCGCGCGCGAGCACGCGCGACGACGCCGACUGCACGGCUCGUCGCUCUUUUAAUCUUUUCUUUCCCUUUUACAUUAAUAAUUAAACUCCCGAGGGUGUGAUAGUCGAUUUUAAAUUGACGCGGUGUGGAACACCGUGGAGACGUGUCGCGUCGCCGUCACGAGAUGCUUCCUGGCAGUGUCUUUCCUCUACAUCUUUUAUCUUUCAACGAACAUUAUUGUGUCUCCAAAUCGGUAAUCGUUCACGCUUGAUAUCGAAGUGGUUCCUCAGAGACGAAACAUCGUAUUUACCUGAACAGAGACACGGAUGUCAUUAUAUGCGCGCCGUCGUGGACGAAGCGCGUCGCGCGAUGCACAGGACGGCGAGACGUGUGUGUAAAGCUGUCGUGUAGUAAGUAGAACUCACGUCCGUCGCACGCGCGCGUCGUCUCCGUUGGCUCUCGUUUAUAUAUAUAUAUAUAUAUAUAUAUAUAUAUAUAUAUGUACGAGCGAAGAGAGAGAGAGAGAGAGAGAGAAUCGAUAUUUUUUUGGAAACACGUUACAACUCAGCACUCCUGUAAUUAUUAGAUCGCUGACGAGAAAGGAUUUAUACGGCAGACUUUUCACUGCGAACAUACAGAAGUAUAUGUUAGCGUUGUGUUUAGACAGAUAAUAUUCUAUUAUAAUAUCGAAUCGUAAAUAAUGAAACAUGUGUAUGUUAUGUAAACCUUGA